UGGGUGAAGUUUUCAGACGAGGUGUUUUGUGUUUCUAAUUCCACGCCUUUCUAUUUUGCAUAACAUUUCCUAUAUGUUUCAAUAAACAAGUUUUUUCAUAAUCUCUUGGUUUUUGUAAAUUAACCUUACAGAUCAUCAAGAAACUAAAAGCGCCACCAAUGAAAGCUAAACAAAAGAAACCACCAAAUCAAGCUAGCAAAGAUGGUCAACGAUCAAUGGAGUUGAUUGCAAAAGGAAGUUCACAAGGCAAGAGUCAAAACUCCAAACUUAAAUCAUCGAAAGGUCCAGUUUCUCAUGCAAAUUUACUUGUGGAAUCAGAUGUUUUUGACUCUCUUAGUAAGCCGUGCAAAUGGUUGCAUAGUCUUGUUAGUGAGUUACCGGAUGGUAAUGCUAUUGGAGUUCAGAUGGACAUGUCAUUAUUCCACUUUUUCGAGCAUGGCACAGCAUGGGUAACUAAAGACGAUAUAUGUGAAUUCCUCAAAGUUGAUAUGCUUAAUAUUUCAAUGAUACAAGUCUUCAUGAGGUCUCUUCAGUUCGAUGAUUUUAGUUCGGAUAGUCAUAUUGGGUGGUUGGAUCCACAAUCAAUAAGUGGUGCUAGUUGCAUGAACAAUCGAGCCGAAGUCAGUCAAUAUCUCGAUGACGGUAUCCGUCAAUGCACAAAAGCGAAAAACAAGUUCAUAUUAGCCCCGUACUUUGAAGACCUCCAUUGGAUGCUCCUUGUGAUAUGUGUUUCAAGCCACACAAUUUAUCAAUUUGAUUCUUGUCGUCGAGAUCCAUUACGAUCCGUGUUGGUCAAGUCACUAUUGAAUAAAGUGUUGAUGAAAAUGAAUGUCAAAAAAAGCGCACUUCUUCAAUGGAAAUCAGUUAAGUGCGCCCAACAAGAGGGUGGGGUCGAGUGUGGCUAUUACGUGAUGAAAUUCAUGCAUGACAUAUUCAAAAGUUGCAAGGAAGUUCAAGAUCUGGAAAAGGUUUUCAAAACUCCAAGGGAGGAGCCCUUUACCAAAAAGGAGUUGGAUGAGGUUCGAGACAAGUGGGCUAUUUACUUCAACGAUUGUGAACUACCCUCAGUGUAAUAAAUAGAGCAGAUUUGUAGUUAUUCGUGACUCUUACAUUAUUUUGUUAUUUAUCGAUUUAAUUAAUUACAUUUGAAUUAAUUCGGUAAUAUUAUUGGAAAUUUGAAAUUUAUAUCA